GUGGUGGUGUUGGUGGUUAGUGCUGGUGGCUGGUGUUGGUGGUUAGUGUUAGUGGCUGGUGUUGGUGGUUAGUACUGGUGUUGGUGGUUAGUGCUAAUGGCACUAGCACUAGUGAUAAAUGAGUAUCUCCAUCAUACUCAUUUAUCACCAUCAUAUAUCACCAGUCACAUUAAUGUUCACCAUGAAUGGAGAAUGUGCAGAGAGAGAGAACACUGAAUACUGUACCUGAUUAUUGUGACUGCUUAAAAAUCCUUGAAUUGUAUUCCCCUUAAAUGCAUGCAGAAGAAAUACUGUAGAUAAAAAUCCACAUGGUGUGAAUAUUGGUAGGACUGGUUAAAACUGUGCACACACACAUUCUUUUGAGAGUAGGAUCAUUGGCUGGUAUUGGUGGUGUAUGUACUAAAGUGUACUAAAUAGCAGUGUUGUAAUGUAAAUUCUAUUACUGUACUGUAAUUACCUAAGAGAUAAUUAUGAACAUAAGAGGGCCCCAGACUUCAAGACUCUACCAUUUAAACAUGAUAGGAAUUUCAAACAGAUGUAUGUACAGCAUUUUUAAGUGGCAAUAAAUAUUAAAGGUGAAUUUUUGAUCGUCUUAGCCCCUUAAAUGGCUUGGCUAAUUGAACAUCCUAUAUCGUAGUGCCAGGGUAUUGUUAUCUACAAUGUAGAUAAAAAUAAUCUGCACAAGAUAAUGCAUAUUUUAUGGUCAGUGAAUCUUAUUUUUGUUCAGGCUUUCAUACUCCCAGCUUAUUUGAUGGCAGAAAAUUUAUGGAUUGUAUCUCCUGUAUGUGUCUUGUAAAAUGACAAUUGAACAAAAAGAGUUACAGUAUAUUACCCAGAACAAGCAUUUUAGCCAUGGGGAUGCAUCCAGCCCGUAUUAUGCGCCAAAGAAGUAUGCCCCCUCCAGUCCUGCGACGGUACAAAGUUGGACAUGAGGGAGAGGAAGAAGAGGCAGAAAGUGGGUGGACAGUUCGCAUGUGGUGUGAGGACGGAGGCAUGGUUGGUUGGAGGGACUCAAAAAACGGAGGGUGGUGGUGGUGGGGCAAGAAGGGAGGGACCAGCGAGAAUGUGCCACAUGCCUCUCAGAUGGUUACAGUGAUGAUCUACGUGGUUCUGUGCCUGCUGCUGGUGCUCCUUGGGGUUUUCCUGUCAUGCUUCACCCUCGUCUCAGCCACUGUGUUCCUGUCGACUCUCACCCCCAAAUUCUAUGUUGCACUCACAGGAACCUCCUCGCUCAUAUCCGGACUUAUUUUGAUAUUUGAAUGGUGGUACUUCAGAAAAUAUGGCACAUCCUUCAUUGAGCAAGUUUCCCUUAAUCAUCUCAGUCCGUGGAUUGGUGGUGGGGAGAGCACCACGCCAGAGAGUACUGCCGCCAACUCCAAUAACAACAACAAUAAUAAUAACCAGCAGAGCGUACCAGAGUGUAAAGUCUGGCGUAAUCCUCUUAAUUUAUUUCGUGGGUCAGAGUACCAACGUUUAACGUGGUCGACGAAAAAAGAACCAUUGACUUAUUAUGACAUGAACUUGUCUGCACAGGACCACCAGACUUUUUUCACCUGUGAAGCAGAUGCUGGCAAGCCUGAAUAUGAGAUUAUGCAAACUGCGUGGCGGGAAAGAAACCCGGAGGUACGCAUUAAAUCUGCACGUUCUGCCUUAGAUCUGAAUCCAGAGUGUGCCUCUGCAUAUAUCUUGCUAGCGGAGGAAGAAUGCACCUCAAUAAUUGAAGUGGAGAAGAAACUGAAAGUAGCAUUGAAACAUGCAGAGACAAAUUACAGAAAGUCUCAAGUCACACAACACCAAAGCAGCACCAUGGAAGCUCUACAUAGACGAGACACCAACGUGUUCAUAUACAUAAAAAGACGGCUUGCCAUGUGUGCCAGAAAGUUAGGCAAAAUGAAGGAGGCAAUAAAGAUGUUCCGAGAUCUAACAAAGGAAGUGCCUCCAAUUAUGAAUGUCCUAAACCUCCAUGAAAAUCUUCUCGAGGCAUUGUUAGAGGUUGGAGCGUAUGCUGAUGCUCAAGCAGUUCUUGCCAAAUACGAUGACAUUGCACUUCCAAAAUCUGCUACAAUAUGUUACACUGCAGCGCUUUUGAAAGCACGGACAGUAGCUGACAAAUUUUCUCCAGAUAUAGCCAGUAAACGUGGCUUAACAGCAGCAGAAAUGGCUGCGGUUGAAGCCAUUCAUCGGGCAGUGGAGUUCAAUCCGCAUGUUCCAAAGUAUCUACUUGAGAUGAAGCCUCUCAUUCUCCCACCAGAGCACAUCCUUAAACGAGGGGAUUCCGAAGCUAUUGCAUAUGCUUUUUUUCAUCUUCCACACUGGAAGAGGGUGGAAGGGGCACUGAAUCUCCUUCACUGCACUUGGGAGGGUACCUUCCGUAUCAUUCCAUACCCACUUGAAAAAGGUCACCUCUUCUACCCUUACCCUACAUGUACAGAGUGUGCUGACCGAGAGCUGCUGCCAUCUUUCCAUGAGGUGUCGGUAUAUCCCAAGAAGGAGCUGCCAUUCUUCAUUGUGUUCACUGCUGGGCUGUGUUCCUUUACGGCUCUCCUGGCACUGCUCACACAUCAAUAUCCGGAGCCCAUGGGGGCCUUGGCCAAGACGCUGCUGAGCUGGUGGUAUGUUCCCAUCCAGUAUGUUCUAGAGAAGCUAGAAGCUGUAUUGCCUUCUAAUCUCCUACAUCACCUCUCACGAAUCUGACCAUCAUGCUUAAGUAUUGUAGCAGUAGAUGGAAACGGAAUACUUCAUCACCGACUUCAUUUCUACACAUCCUGCAGCAGAUAUUAUUAAGUUACGUGAAAAUUUAGCUACUGUUAGUGUUGGUUGUUUCAGUAAAAAUAAAUCCUUGUUUAGAGGAUUUUAGUUUUAAUUAAAACAAUCUGAGAGUUGCAGUUGCUUAUUUUGACACACACCAGUGUUGUGACUUGCUGUUUAGAGUCAUAAAUUGUACUUAAAUUAUGUUUGUAUUGAUCAUUAUAGAGUGGGGAAGAUACGUGGCUAACAUUCACAUGUUGUGGUGGCCAUUGCACAAAACAAUCAGUAUAAUUUUAUUUUGGGAAUAUGAAUAGAUGACUUGGUUAGAUCCAGAGAGAAUAUAGAGACAUCCCAGUUAGUAUUUUAUGCACCGAAGAAAUAGACUGCUGUAAUGUAGACUCGCAAAUUAAAAAGAUUGGCUAGAUCCGGUGAUUCGUGUUUAAGUAUUUGUGCAUUUAUUAACUGACAAUUGUGGAUUAUGAUCUGCUGUGCAUAUAAAAAAAAAAAAAAUCCUAAAAUUUCUGAUUGUUUGGAUAAUCAAGGUUUGAAUUAUAUAACUCAUCAUUUUUUAGUUGGCAUGUUAUGCAGGACGAAAUUAUGGAAUAUUUCAUCGUUGGUUAUAAAUUCAUGUUUAUUGUUUUGUCUUUUAUGAUAAAGUAUUUUAUGGAGCCUGGGGUAUGGAUACCCUACUCAAUACCUGCAUGAAUUUUGUAGAUUUUACUUUUUGACAAAAGUUCUUAUGUUUACUACAUGCUGUGCAUCUAGACGUUCCCAAAAUACUUGUAAGAGUAGUUACGGUAUAUUUUAGUGAUGACAAUGUUAGUAAAGUACAGCUAUGGUAACCACUGCACAACUUGUGGCUUCAGUGCCUCCAUCUAUGGUGUACAUCUUACUGGUAUUUAUUUUUGUAAAAAUGUGUACAGACCUUAACAGCAAAAUUUUGAUAUUUAUUUAACUCGAAUCUAUUGGAAUACAAUUUUAAAAGUAGGGAUUUUGAGUUUUGAAGCUUAAGCUAGCACAUACAGCUUGCCAAAUUGUUUGUAAUUGAUAUUGGAAAAUCAAUCAAUCUGCUAACUUUGUUGUGUUGAGGUUCUCUGUUUUAUUGCUUCAAGUUUUACUUAUAUUCAUGUCUGGCUGCAUGAGGAGCAGUUUUCAUGACUCAUAAGAUACCUAGACACGAAAAGUUUCAUAUUACUGUAUGCUUACUCAUAAGUUGUGUAAACUUCACAAUUAUUUUUUGAGGGAAAGUGCAUUAAUUGGUACUGUUUAAGGCAAAGUCUUCUUGAUUUAGCGUUGUCUUGUGUGUCGUUUUUCUGACAUUACUUGUGUAUUAUUUAACUCUGAUUUACAUGGCCUCUUCAACCGAGUUUUUAGCAUCCUGUGAUUACAAAACUUAACAAAUCUUAAGAUUAAAUUGCGCAGACACCUUGAUUAUCCAAGAUACAUUACAGUGGACUAUCCUAUAUCUCAAAAUUUUUGGUAGAAAACUAUGAAGUCCUGUCAUCUUUUUUAAUGCCACAAUUGUGAUAGAGUAUAAUCAAUAAGAUUCGUUAAUGAUGGAAUUAAAAAUAAUAAUGUCUUAAAAUAAUCUUAUCUGUGAGGCCACGCACAAUUAUGCAUUGAUGUACUUUUUUUUUACAUUUGUGAAUCUUGUAUAUUAACAUGACAGAUUAUUUAAUGAAUUUAGUUUUGCAUUA